AGAUCGUCAAGUUGGGGUGGAUCUUGAACUGAAGGACGAGAUUCGACGCAUGUUCGACGCCCCUAAGCCUCAGCUCACUAACAGCCUCGCCAAAUGUUUCGAACAAGCGAGAACACCUCAAAUAGACAGCGCUGCUGUCAUUUCAAUUCUGAGCGUUAUGCGAGAGAUAGUCGAUAGUCGCCCCUCCUAAGCAUGCGAUAGAAAGCUCAGCGACAACAGCUCCACGCAGCUCAAAAUGGACUUCUUCUGUGGAAGCAAGCGUUCGAGCUGGUCUAAUUGAGACUAUGGCGUCCAUACUCUCGGUUCCUUGGGAUGAGUCCAUGUGCUCGGAUACUCCGCAACUCAUCAAGGGCUAUAUGGUAAAGUCUGACGCUUGGGAUAUCUUGGUUAGCGUCUCUUGCUCGGAAGGCCUCCGGGAGCGACGUUCCGCGCUCAACAGGCAGCUAAAAGCAGGGAUCCCUCAGACUUGUUUGACUGCCUUGCAUCAUCCUGUGCUUCUAUUCAGUAAAUUGACGGCGGAGCUCCUUUGGACGCUGUGCACCGAGUCUUUCCUCCCCGAGAUGCUAUCAGCUCGGGACUCUGGCAUCAUCAUCACGUCUCUGUGCACCUUUGCGCUGCAAGAUCCGCAGGGCUAUUCGGAUCAGUUAAACGACCCUGCAAAAAAGUGGCAAAGUCUACCUCUCAAGCUGUACGACGAGGAUCCGUGGUGUCUCAACGAUGAAUCUCGAUAGGCUAUGGCAAGGAUAAUCUUCGGGAUAUCGCAGAAUUACGCGCUCCAUGCUGUUCGCGGCUUGCUCUGUAUGAAACCGAUGUCGACGUCAAAGCGCCAUCU